AUGGCUGAAGCUAUUCUCUUCAACGUUACUGCAGACAUCAUAUUCAAACUGGGCUCUUCCCUACUCCGAGAGUUUGGAUCGCUGUGGCAUGUCAAGGAUGACCUUGACAAACUCGAAGACACUCUUUCUGCCAUUCAAUCUGUGCUUCACGACGCAGAGGAGCAGCAGUCGAAGAACAGUCAAGUGAGUGAUUGGGUCUUAAAGCUUAAGGAUGUUUUGUACGAGAUUGAUGACUUGAUCGAUAAGUCGUCUUACGAAACCUUGAGAAGGCAAGUUCUAGCCAAAGACCGAAGAAAGAGAAAACAAGUAUGUACCCUCUUCUCCAAAUUUAAAUCUAUUGGAAAAUAUGUCACAAAAUCAAGGAAAUUAGGCAGAGGUUACAAGCUAUUAAUGAUGAUAAAAAAUCAAUUUAGCUUUUGUGAGCAUGUGAUAGAGAAAAGGGAAGACGAAGGGCUGAGAAAGAGACGGGAGACUCACUCUUUUAUACUUGAAGAGGAAGUGAUUGGUAGGAGUAAUGACAAGGAAGCAGUCAUAGAUCUUCUACUAAAUUCCAACACCAAAGAGAAUAUUGCAGUAGUUUCCAUUGUUGGAAUGGGAGGAUUGGGAAAGCCUGCCGUUGCUCAAUCUAUUUAUACUCAUCACAAUAUGACUAAUAAUGGGUUUCAAUUGAAGUUAUGGGUGUGUGUUUCUGAAGAAUUUGAUCUGAAAGUUAUUAUCCAAAAGAUAAUAAAGUCUGCAACUGGGAAGAAGCCUAAACCAUUCCUACAAACAGAUCCAGUACAAAAUCAUGAAAUUCAAAAGGAUGAACUUAUACUACUAUGGAGAGCACAAGGUUUCAUUCAAUCAAUGGGCAAUAAGGACAAUAACCUCAUUGAUAUUGGUGAUGAUUAUUUCAUGGAGUUAUUAUCAAGGUCAUUUUUUCAAGAGGUUGUAAAAAAUGAUUUGGGAGACAUAAAAGCAUUGUUGGCAACAUUGGCUAAAGAGGCCAAAGAACACGUGGCUGCAAAACGCAAGGUAACGAAGGUGUUACCUAAAAGAACCAAGGGAAGGAAGCGUCAGUUCAGUGACAUCUUAGUAGAGAAGGGCUUGUUCCCUAAACGCCACCCUUUGCCAGUUUAUAUCAAGGAGACCAUCAACGCAUUAGGGUGGAGUCAAUUUUGCAUUGGGCAUGAUCGCAUCUGGCCCAACCUUGUCCGCGCGUUCUACAAUAGCGAAUUUGACAUGGAAAGGAACAACGCCUUUGUUGAAGGGGUGUUAGUUCGCUUCUCAGCAGAAAAAUUUAAUGAAGUGUUCAACAUGAGCAACAAUCCUGACGUAGAGGGGAAUCGCAUCUUGGAACAACCAACACCUAGUGAGUUAGAAGAUACGCUGAAGACAGUGGUCAAACCUGGAAGCAAGUGGUAG